AUGACAGUGGCAAGUGACGGUGGGAGUGACCAGGAGCAGCGGGCGCGGGACAUAAUAAGGCUCCUCAGCUCCGACUGUUGGCGCGUCAAGAGAGUUACAAAAACACCCCCACAAAACGCCCUCGGCUUGAGGUCUGUCGCAUCAUCAACGCUCCUCUUCCAGAGCACUGGGAUCCAACGGUCUGGCACACAGUCUGUUCAGCGCGAUCCCAGAGUAAACUGGAAAUGUCGCGGAGUUGGGGAGCGUGCACGAAAGGCUCUCCGCGCUGCUGAAACCUGGAGAAACUCGAAGAAGGGCAGCUGA